AUGGUCGGAAAGAAGUCGGGUAAGGCCCUUCGGGAUGAGGGCUUGGAGCGCACCGAUAACAACAUGGAACUAUCCAGCUGGCCCCAGGUUGCUGCCAUCAACCAGAAGAACUACUAUACUGACUACCUGAAGCGUGAUGAUCAGAACCUGGCCUUCCGACUGCAAAAUGAGGAGGCUAGAACGCGGAUGACCAAGAAGGCAAAGGACCACGACCGUGCCAUGGCAAUGGCCAAGACAGAGAACCCAGACGGCGAGGCCGAGGCAGACGGCGAUGCCAACAUGGAGGAUGCAGAGGAGACACCGGCUGAGAUGGCUGGCUCCAAGGUCAUUGUUAUUCACAUGGGUAGCCAGAACCUCCGCAUAGGACUUGCGAGUGAUGCGCUACCAAAAACCGUGCCCAUGGUGAUCGCGCGGAAGUCAGCGACCAGCGAAUCUGAAGAUUAUGCAGAGCCCAAGCCGAAACGGUUCAAGGCUGAGGAUGAUUCUGAGCUAGAGCCCGAGAAGGCGUUUGGAACUGAGUGGUCUUCUCAGUUCAACCGAAUGUCUGCCGACUUGAAGGUGCACAUGCGACAGAAUAAGCGACGAAUGCUUCCUAACUCAAAGGAAAUGGUGGUGAACUACAACCGCAGAACAGUACCGGAGAUUAUUUCUGAGCACAACGACCCCAUGCGUGUUGAAUGGACCGAACUCUCAAAUCCUCCGCCAGAGUAUGUUGUUGGGCAGCCGGCGCUGAGAAUUCCUGACGCAUCGAAACCUCGAUACAAGCUCUACUGGCCAAUCAAAAAUGGCUGGUGCAACGAAAAAGACUACGAAAGCAAGAGGUCGCUUUUCCUGGACAUUUCACUGAUCCUGGAGGACGCGAUUCAGAAUCAAUUGGGCCUGCCCAGUAAGAAAGACUGGACACAUUAUUCGUGUGUAAUCGUUAUUCCAGAUCUUUACGACAAGGCCUAUGUCACUCAGAUCCUGGAAAUGUUGAUGCGUGAGUUUGUAUUUGCUCGAGUGUGUUUUAUUCAAGAAAGUCUGGCGGCUACCUUUGGUGCCGGCUUCACCUCAGCCUGUGUGGUAGAUAUUGGAGCGCAAAAGACCUCUAUCUGCUGUGUGGAAGAAGGCAUGUGCAUUGAAAACUCGCGAGUGAACUUGAAGUUUGGCGGUCAAGAUAUGACCGAAGCAUUUGUUAAGAUGAUGCUGCAUGACCAUUUCCCAUAUACCGAUAUCAAUCUACGACGCAGACAUGACUUCCUUCUGGCUGAAGAGCUAAAGAAGAACAUCUGUACUAUGAACGAAGCGAGCGUCUCUCCCCAAGUUUUCGACUUCCAUCUUCGAGUGGCGGGCCAAGAUACACGAAAGUACUCAUUCAAGGCUUUUGACGAAGUUCAUCUUGCACCAAUGGGUGUCUUUGAACCCAGCAUUUUCGAUAACGAGCACAAGAUUGAUGGCCGACGGACUUUGAUCGGCCGAUCCGCUGAUAUCUACGACGGACAAGCCAAUGAUCCUACUUCUGCCGCUCAGUCGGAGAUUCUGACUGCUAUUGCACCCCCCUUGCCCAAGUCAAAUGGCGAAUCUCAAUCAGUUAAUGUUCAAGCCACGCCCAGCCGUCCUCAGCAUCCCACUGCUAUCAGCAAACUCCAAGAGCUUGAGGGUACUCCCCAGUCUUCUGUUGCCGGAUCCCCUGUUCCAGAGGCCACAGGAACUCCCCAGGCAGGCGGUACAAGCACACCUGCGGCAGCUGCACCUCCGUCACAGACUCCCCGUCCCCCAGCCGUGGAAGAGCGUGAUGAUAUCAUGCCAAUUUUCCCUCUAGAUAACGCCAUUUUGACUUCCAUCGCACAUGCAGCUCGUUCCGAUGAGAAGAAGAUGCGUGAUUUCAUCGGUGGUAUCAUGGUAGUCGGUGGUGGUAGCCUGACUGCUGGCUUCCAUCUGUUCCUGGAAGAGCGUCUGCAGGCUCUUCGUCCUGGUUUCGCCAAGGAGAUCAUGAUUGGAACACCACCUCGAGACUUGGACCCUCAGGUUGUUGUUUGGAAGGGUGCCAGCAUUUUUGGAAAAUUGAACACUACAAACGAUAGCUGGAUUGGACGAUUGGAGUAUGAUCGACUUGGGCCGCGGUUGAUGGCUUACAAGUGUAUGUGGGCUUAUUGA